AAGAGCGUCACCAGACAAAGAUUUCAGAGCGCAUAUGCAACGCUGCGUUUUCGCGUCAGGCGAGGCGGAAAUCGUGGCAGCGGCAGCGGCAGCCGAGCCGAGCCUGAACGGCUGCCACUGCUGCCACACCACCAUCACUCACCUCUCCCACGCCCCCACCACCAGACCUUCAUGAGUUGAUGUGAUUGAUAAAUAACGCGUCAGGUCGCGCUGUCCACACCUCCCGCGGCUCGCCAAGCUCCGCUCACACCUCACAGUCACAGCAGCAUGACUCUGUAGUCCAUCUCCCUUUGCAGCCGCCGCCGCCGCCGCCUCGAGUGGCUCCCAGAUCCGAGCCGACGCCGGAGCAGGGACAAGCCGCUGCCAGCGGCAAUGGCGGACGCCGUGGGGGCGCUACCUCCUCCUCCUCUGCCGCCGCCGCCGGAGUGCGAGUCCGGGAGGUCCUCGCCGUCCCACGCCGCGUCGCCGGAGUUCGAGUUCUGGAUGGUGGGCAGGAACCCGUCCCCGGCGCUGCUCACCGCCGACGAGCUCUUCUCCGGCGGCGUCGUGCUCCCGCUCCACACCCUCCAGGCGCCAGGCGCUCCGGACGGCGACGGCGCGCCUCAGCCUCAAGCCGACGCGGACGCGGACGCGGACGCCGCGGCGCUCCCGCUGCCUGACGCGCAGGCGCAGGUGGAAGGGGAGGCCGCGCAGCCGCUCGCGGAGUCCGCCAUCGCGCCGACGCCGGACCUCCCCGCGGUCACGUUCAAGUGGAAGGACAUCUUCAAGGCGGGCGCCGGCGCCGGCGCCGAGGGCAAGGAGCGCAAGAAGGUGGAACGGCGCGUGAGCAGCGUCAGCGGGAACGCCGAGCUGAUUAACAUCAACAUAUGGCCUUUCUCCAGGAGCCGCUCCGCCGGAGCAGGUGCCGGCACCUUGAGUAGGGCCAAGCCCAAUCCGAAUCCAAACCCAAACCCCAACCCCAACGCCGCCGUCGCCGCCAGCGGCGGCGCCAGCGUUAACGCCAACACCACCGCCAAUGCCACCGCCCCGAGCGCGCCGCCGGCCCCGGCGCCGGUCCCGCGCAAGGUGAGCAGCGCGCCGUGCUCCCGUAGCAACUCCCGCGGGGAGUCCUCCGGGCCUGUGCCGACCAUCCCCACCGCCACUGCAACUGCAGCGCCAGAAGCAGCAGCCGGAGAAGAAGACGCCGACGCGGCCACCCAGGUUCAGGCGGCGCCACUGACCGCCGCCGGCACAUCCAGCGCCACGUCCAUGUUGAGGAGGUGGGUGCCCGGACAGGGCCGUAAUAACAACAACGCAGCAGGGCCCGGCGGCAUCCGCGUGGGGCGGCCCAGCGCCGUGUGGAAGCUGAGGCGCAACAAGCUGCAGCAAACCGCCGCCGAGCAGAAGCAGGUGGGCGGCAAGAAGAAGGCGGCCCCGGCCCAGGAACCCGCCGCGGCCGCGGACGCGGACGCAGAUGCAGCCAGCGACGACAAGGCGUCGCCGAGCGUGGCCGCGCCAGCUGCCGGGUGCCGGAACAACGUGGAGGGCGCCGGCGAGGAAGGGAACCCGCCGCAGGUGCUCUUCGGGCUCCGGACCUUCUUCUCCAAGAAGGUGUACUGAUCAGCAGCAAGCCAUGGCAUUGUACUUUGUACAUACAAAUUCGAGCUCUAGGCUCGCUCUUCCACAUUUUCACCUUACCUGCCCCCUUCUUUUCUUUUUUUUUUUGCCUUUUUUUUAUUACUCUCCUUCCUCUGCUCUAAUUCGAUCGAGUAGCUUCGAUAUCCUCUGUACUGUACUAGAACGAAGCUAGGCCUCAAGUAGUCGCCUCAAGCAGGCCAGCCAUGAGCCAUCGUCGUGUGUCGACCAUGGAUGAAGCAGAAAGCACCCAUGUCCAUGUAAACGGUAGUAAUGUAACAAGCAUGCAUCA